AUGACUUCUAACCGUAGUCUUUGUAGAAUUCCACCACAUCUUGCACUCGAGCCAAAACAAUUACGAAAACUCAAAGAGUACCCACGCCAGCCGAUAAUCACUACCCAUGGACUACUAAGCAGAACAGAGCUAGAGCUGGUCGAGUGUUGCGACUGGAGCUUUGAAACUGCCCGAGUAGUACAACGGAAAUGCGCACAUUGGGUUGCGCCGAAAAGUGUUAGGGUGCGCGAAAUGUUGGGUAACAACGAUAUAAAGAAAUUAUCACCUUCGUUCUUCACUACGACCCUUGUAAACCUAGACUUUGCACUAGGUGGUGGGAUCCAUUGCGCGUCAGUCACGGAAAUUGUUGGACCACCACGUUGUGGAAAAACGCAAUUUUGUUUGACGCUCUCUGUACAGGCUACUUUACCUAUCGAGAUGGCUGGGUUGGAUGGUGGUGUGUGUUUUAUUGAUACCGAAGGCUCGUUGUCGGCUGAUAGGUUGGUUGCUCAACAUACUGAUGAUGACUUGGUUGUUGUGCGUGCAUUUAGAUUGGUAGAAAUUGCGGAAACGCGAUAUCCACAGUACUUUUCUCGUAGAGAUUUGAAAGGACAACGUAAUUUGGAAAAAAUGAAAAAUUCUAUUCACAUUCUCGAUGUUAAAUCUUCAAAGGACAUGUUGGAACGCCUAAAAAACCUUCAAGAGUUUAUAAUCAUGAAAAAAAUCCGUAUAGUCAUAAUAGAUUCUAUCGGAUCACUGGUGAUGAAAGAAUACAGAGUCUCUGGGGGGAGUAAUGGUAGUAAUGGUUUCUUCAAUGGGCAAAGCAAUUCUGAGAUUCUGGUCGAAAGGAAUAAUUUGCUAGUUGAGGAGGCAAAACAUCUCAAAUUCUUGGCCGAAUCAUUUCACAUUCCUAUAAUAGUGACAAAUCAAUUACUAGUGAACAGGUACAAUACAGACGUGUCGUCGUCGCUGUUAUUACCAUCGUAUAAACGAACACAAACAUACGAUCGAGACUCCUCAGCAGUGAUGGUAACAGCCGCACUAGGAAACACUUGGGCACAUUCAGUCACCACGCGACUCAUCAUUGAGUUUUGUCAUAACGAUCUGUUGAAGAUGAUGACUUCCUCGUAUACUACGUCGUCGUCAAUUUUAUCAUCAUGUAAGAAUAUUUUUCGGAUAAAAAUCGCAAAAUCGUCGAUUGCACCGAAUUUUGCAUUUUAUUAUUAUAUAAGUAGUCAAGGAGUCGUGGAACAUGAUCCGCCGUUAUCUAGUAAUAAUGAGACAAAUGCUUCAACUACUACGAUGCCAACCAGAACAAAAACUACAAGAAUAACAGACACGAACAAUAAUUAUAGUGAGAUUAUUAUUGAUAAAGAGAACGUGCCACUUUCACGGCAAGCAUCACCAACACCGCUGUCACCAUUGACCCUAGUAUCACCAGUAUCUUCUAUUUCAGAUGAUAAUGCUUUAUCAGAGACAUUAACAACAGAAUCACUUCGAAGACAACGAAAAUCCAGAGACAAGGAGCACAUCGCAGAUUGGUUUAUAAAAGAACUAUGGUCUUCAUAA